AUGGCAUCCACUGAGGCUAUCUUCACCUUCUCAAAUGUCCCUGCAUUAACAGAGACAGUUAACGGCAGAUCAGACACAACAGGAACAUCCAUUUGGAAACCAGCACCAGUUAGUGGUGGAUGGUGGUAUAUAUUCCCGGCGUCGUGUUCCUGGUCUCGAGGACGGUCGCCGAUGUACCGCCAGGGUACCUAG